AUGGCUACGAGACAGCUUUUAAUCGCGGCUGCUUUACGUGAAGAACGAUUGGAGCGUAGAAGGAACCGGCGCCGCCUGCGUAAUCAAUUAAAUAUUUCAAAUAUUCCCGAUCUAGAAUUUUAUGAUAAAUAUGGGCUACCCGCUGUGGUGGGGUGCAUCGAUUGUUCACAUGUAGUCAUAGUGAGGCUUUCCGAGCACGAGGAACAAUAUUUUAAUCGAAAACAUUUUCAUUCGAUUAAUACUCAAGUUAUAUGUGACAGUGAUUUAUUAAUUACAAAUGUUGAUGCUUCAUAUGGUGGAGCAACUCACGACACUUUGGAGGGAAUGGAGCAUAUGAUGACACCUGUAGAUAAUGCUGUUGAGAACUCUCCAGAGGGAAGGUACAAUUACCUCCAAAAACGUGCAUGCUGCACCAUAGAACGCACAUUUGGUGUAUUGAAGGGUCGAUGGAGAUGUCUUUUGGCAGCUAGGGAACUCCAUUACUGCCCAGAAACAGCAGGUAAAAUUAUAUUAGCCUGCUGUGUUUUACACAACAUGUGUAUAAGGGCUGGUAUUGAAGGUCCCGAGUUGACUGAAGAGGAACACCAAUCGGAGAGUACCAGGCAGGUUCCCUUUGAAACAGCCGCAUCUUCUACUCAAGCUCUACAGGCAGGUCGAAGGGCAAGGAACCGGAGAUAA